UGGAGGUCAGCAAAAUCAGUGUGGAAAAAGAGUGAGUUUCGCAGAGUGUAACAGAGAUGGCUUUGAGCUUGAAACCUUAUUGUCUGGUUGUUUUGUUUUUGUUUUGGAUAAGUUUGAAUGCAUUGGUCUGUGAUGUAGGUGCAGCAGGAGAGUGUGGAAGGACCCCAAUCAGGUCGGCUGCAGCAAGCUUAAGCCCAUGCCUGGGAGCGGCUCGGAAUGCAAGGGCUAAAGUUCCUCCAGCUUGCUGCGCCAAGGUGGGUGCCUUACUCAGGACCUCUCCAAGGUGCCUUUGUGCUAUUUUGUUAUCACCAUUGGCAAAGCAGGCCGGGAUCAUGCCUGGGAUUGCUAUUGCCAUUCCCAAAAAAUGCAAUAUUAGGAACAGGCAAGCUGGCAAAAAAUGUGGAAGGUACACCGUCCCAUAAGAAAGAAACCAUGAAGGAGAAAAAUUAUGAGUAAUCUCAGUUAUUUACUAGUAGGAGAGAGAGCUAAUAAAUAAAGUACUGAUGCUGCAUUACUGCACGGUUACUGGAUGAUUCACCCCUUAAUUAAGGCAGUUCAUAUAUAUAUAUAUGUAUCAAUUUUAGUGCAAUCUUGGGAAAUUGUGUUAGAUCUCGAGGUUACUUCACCAUGUUGUUAUUUCUUUUAUAUGUGUUCACCUUUAUAUUAUAGUAAUCAGUGUUCUAAAUA